AUGAAUGUUCUUGUCAAAGGUGGAAAGUUCGAGAGUGUCAGAAAAUGUCUUGUUUUGAUUAUUCGAUUAUUCUACAUCGAACUCAUUUGCCUUGUGCUUCUCACUUUUUAUAGUUAUUUUGUGAUGGAUAAAUUUUUCAAUGAUAGAAUUCAACUGCAAUUCAAUGAUGCUCCGAUUUUGAGUUUUUGUCCGAAUUGUGUUUUUCCAGUAUUUUCUGAUUUUCUGUUCAAGAUUGCUUUUCAUCUGUCAUAUAUGACAGUAAUCAUUGGAGUAUUUCUGAUAAUUAUCAUAUCGGUUUUAUCAAUUUUUGCUCUACGAAUCAAUCAUUUGGUAUAUUCAACAAGAACAUUGAAAAUACAAAAGAACUUUUUGUAUAGUUUAUUUGUUCAAAUAUCAGUUCAUGUAAUGUUUAUGUGCUCUCCAAUUAUUAUGUAUUAUAGUGCAUAUUUCGUUGAAUAUAAUCAAAAUAUGCUAGAUGUUUUUGAUUAUCUUGUUAUGAUUUCUUUACAUCACGGAUCGAUCAGCACAUUGGCAUUGCUCAUCUCAAACAAGCCUCUUUUCAGUUUCGUUAAAUCGAUGUUGAAAAAACGAACACUGCCUCCAGUAAUUGAUCAACAUUAUGGUAGAAGAAGCACUUUAUUUUGA